AUGGCAACCGAGCCCGCACAGACAACGGAUCAGGCACGUGCUGCUUACCUCAAGGAUGCAGAAAUCAAAGCUACCAAGCUGUUUGAGGAGAUUGGACAAACCCUCAUCCGCCCCGGCGUCAGCGAGACGCAAUUAAGCAAAGAGAUCCACGAACUUGGUGCCAAACGCCACAACAUCCGAACCCAUUGGCACAAGCGGGUCAUCAGAAGCGGACCGAACACCCUGUUCCCUUACCGCGAAAACCCUCCUGACCGCGUUCUUCAGCCCGACGAUAUCCUAUUCGUCGAUCUGGGCCCGGUCUUCGAGGCCUGGGAGGCUGAUUUUGGCCGUACCUAUGUGCUUGGAGACGACCCGAUCAAGAUCAAGCUGCACGAUGCAUUAGAGCCUCUGUGGAAGGAGGUCAAAGCGCACUUUCAGGACCAUCCCGACAUCACAGGCGAAGAGCUUUACGGCGUUGCAUGCGAUCUCGCCCAGAAAGCUGGCUGGGAGUUCGGCGGUUCCAUUGCAGGCCACCUGGUCGGCCUGUUUCCCCACGAACGCAUAGCUAACGACACCGUCUCUCUUUACAUCACCCCGGGAAGCAAGGAGCCGAUGAGGCGUGUGGGCAAGGACGGGCAGAAGCUACAUUGGAUCCUGGAAAUCCAUCUGGUAGACCGCGCCCGUCAAAUAGGCGGCUUCUAUGAGCAGCUUCUGACCGUUGAUUGA